UGCGGGAGAGCGGAGCUCCGGAGCAGAGUGCAGAGAGCAUUCGAACAAAAUUUCUAUUUAAGCCACCGCAAAAUUCACUAUCAUUGUUAUUUUUUCAACCGAGCUGCGCUGCCAAAAAGAAAAAGAAUAUGGCAAAUAAGACAUUCGUAUCCGAUUAAUUGCCGGGCUAAAACAUAAACUAACUAUUGAUAUCAAACAUCCGCAUAUAUUCUGCUACAUACAUAUAUAUUUCCCAACACGAGACCACAAAAGCAAUCGGAUCGCGGAACAAAUGCAAGUGACUUCUGCUGCUGCCUAAACGAUGCAACAAUGUGACAUGCGGCGGAGACGGCAGCAGCAGCAGCAGCAGCAGAAGCAGCAUCAUCAUCAUUAUCGGAACCUUACUCUAUUAUUAACUAUCCGAGGAGUGGCAGCAUUUGUCAAUAUAAAAAACGAUUUAUCAAGGGAAAUCCCCAAGUAAAACUUUUUCAAGUUACAAAUUAGCGAGGUCUGGCACCAGUCAAAGCUAAAGUGUUCUACUUAGUGUUGACCUAAACCACGAAACGGUUGGAUUUCUUAUUGUUUUCAAGCUAAAGCGAAGACACCAACCAAUUGGAUAACGAGUGAUCGAGAUUGGAUUUUUACAAAACAAAAAAACCAACCCAAAGACCACAAUUUAAGGAGAGUGACAGACUGAAAUCAAGGAGAGAAAGGAAGCCAGGAGGAGUGCUAGGAGGAGGCGGAGGAGCAGCACUGGAAUGCCCAGCACGGCGGGCAGCAGUGCCGCCGGCGUUGGCAUGGGCGCCCUAAUCAAUAGCGCCGGCAGCAGUGCCAGCAGUAGCGUCAUGGGCAUCGGUCUGGGCUCUGGAUCCGCAGCGGGCAGCGGCACUGCAGCAGCAGGUGGAUCGGAGGCCGGAGGAGCCGGUUCCCUUAUUGCACAGAGCACGGCUGGCACUAGUGCCGCCAGCAGCGGCACCAUCACCUGGGACAACAAUGGCACCCUGCGCUCCAUCAAUCCCGGCGAUUGGUCCAUCGAACAGUGCCUCGGAUGGCAGCAGCCGCAUCAUCUAUACUUUCAGCUCGGCUGGGCCUUCCUCUUUCUCGCCUUCCUGGCCCCGCAUGGUCCCUACGGUUCGCUAUGGAUGCGAACGAUGCUCCUCAUUGGCUGUUUGAUGAUGGGCAUGCAUGGCUAUCUGGUUGCCUGUACGCCGGAUGUGGUCCUCUGGUCAGGAAUGGGAAUGGCGGUGAAUUUUAUCUACCUGGUCGUGGUGCUCUGCCGGCUGAGACCGGUUCGAUUCGAGCAGGAAAUUGAAGCGGUUUACCUGGCGCUUUUCCAGCCGCUGCACGUGACCCGCCAUCAGUUCAAAAAGGUGCUCAACUGCAUGAAGGUGAUACGUGCUCUAAAGUACCAGGAGGUUUAUGCCCAGGAGAAGGUCACCAAGGUCGACAGCCUGUCGCUGGUGCUGAGCGGCAAAUUGGUGGUGUCACAGCAUCAGAGAGCCCUGCACAUUGUGUUUCCCCAUCAGUUCCUAGACUCGCCGGAAUGGUUUGGCGUCUCCACCGACGACUACUUUCAGGUCUCCAUUAUGGCGAUGGAGGAGUCGCGGGUGUUGAUCUGGCACCGCGAUAAGCUCAAACUGUCAAUUAUGGCCGAGCCCUUUCUGCAGACCGUCUUUGAUCACAUCUUAGGCCGUGAUGUGGUCAAGAAACUCAUGCAGGUCACCCAGGUGAGCGAGUCGAUAGCCAGCAAUGGCUUCCUGCCAUCGGGUGGUUAUGCAGAGGAUGCUGAGGACAAGCCCAUGUUGAUACUCAAAAAGAGUGUGGAUGUGGGCCAUGGACUGACGGCCCUGAUCAAUCGGCAGCUCCAGGAAGAGCAUGUUCCUUUACUUGGUCGCACGUACAAACAACAACAACUACUGCAACAACUAGAACCACAACAACCAGAAGCAACAACAAGCGCCAACAACAUCGAGCAAAGUGCAAUUUGAAAAAUAUUAUGCAAUAAAUACGAAUACAUGCCGAGAAAAACAAAACAAAUAAAAAAUUGAAACCAGAAAAAAAAUAAGAUAAUAAAUCUAUUGCACGCGCACCCACGCACGCAAACACACGGAGCCUCCUCAGUCAGUCAUCGAACCUUCAAUCCAAUCCCAACUCUAACAAUCAAUCAUCAAUCACCGCGAACAUCAGCAACAAAAGGCCACAAUCACCGAUUACCGAAAGAGCUGCCUUCGAUUCCAUUGGCACAUUUCUUUUUUUUUUUAACAU